AUGGGAUGCCGCUCUUCCAAAAGGUGUUGCUGCGUGAGUUCUUCCUGCGAGGGGCAAAUUGAGAACGGUCCCGUUGAUACUCCAGGAGCAUCUUUUCGCUCCACUCGCCAUGUCCUGAAUCGCGAGACAGGCAAAGUCUUCGAAGAAGUCAUUCCCGGCCCGGUAUGGUCUAUUCUGAAGGGACUGUACGCGACCACGGCGUGCGGCAUCGUUCCAGCCCAUCCUCUCAGAUGCUGUCUUCGGAGGCUGACACAACAUGCGGGUCGCAAGAUGCGCUCGGCAUCUAGCAAAAAGGAUGUCCGGAAGUUUGUUGAUGUUUACAGCAUUGACAUGGAGGAGGUGUUACUUCCACUGAGCGAGUUCCGCACGAUGAAUGACUUCUUUACGCGCGAGCUCAAGCCAGGAGCACGACCCGUUGACAGCCCCGAGGAUGCAACCGUUUUUGUCAGCAGCGCAGACUGCCGAGCUAUCGUUUUCCCAAACUUUGAAGAGGCGGCACGCGUUUGGAUCAAGGGAUGCAAGUUCUCUGUGGCAGAACUCCUUGGAAACUCUGCUGCGGCGGAGCCUUUCCUGCGGAAGUCAGGCUGUUCUGUGGCUGUUCUCCGCCUAGCACCACAGGACUAUCACCGCUUCCACUUUCCCUGUGGCCCGGGCCAGGUGUUGAGCCAGAAAUGUUUGUCCGGGGAAUAUUACUCAGUGAACCCUGUGGCCAUCAACAACUCCAGUGUGGACGUGCUCACUGAGAACUGUCGAUCCGUGAGCAUUUUGCAGCAUGCUGGGUUUGGCCUGGUUGCCUUCGUAGCCGUGGGUGCCACUCUGGUGGGCUCUGUCGAACUUCUGCAGAAGGAAGGCUCAGAUUUCCGAAAAGGAGAUUGCUAUGGAUAUUUCCAGUGA